CCGAACCCGAGGCAUCGCCAGUGUGCGUCGAUGCAUCCCAGCGGCAAACAACGUCAACCGCGCCUACUUGGAUGGUCAGAUCUCUCACACUCAACACAAUGAAUGCCUUUCCUGCCGCACAGCGCCUCUGUCCUCGUGUGCUCGUGUCUGUGCGCAGCCUUCCCUACCGGCCUGUGGUGAUAGGUGCGGUGCUGCUCGUCCUCAUCCAUGCAGUGCUGUCCCUGGCGGCCUUGAUGGUGCCGUCCCUGCACCACUACCAGUACAUCUCUGCCACAGUCUCAGCUGUGUCGGCGUACCUGUCGGCGGCCCUAUCGAUAAUGGGCACAAUACUCGCCUCUGUCGGUCAGAAUUCAACGCUGGCUGGCACAACUGAUGGAUGGAUGGAUGGAUGGAUGGAUGGAUGGACGCUGUGUGUGCAGGUUUGAUGGCCGCCAUUCGCAGCAGUGUGUGCGGUCUUCGGCUGCUCAGCAGCUAUGUGUUUGUGGAGCUGAUCAGCAGCGUACUAAUCUACGCUAUAGACAUGGUCAGCCAGCCGCGCAGACACACGAGGCCAUCCGAUGCCUGCCUGCAGGCACGAUGCCUGCCUGCAGGCACGACGCACCGACUGUAUUGCACGUCUGUUUGUCUCUUUUCAUGUCAUGUCAUGCAGGCCGGCUUUUGUGCGGCGCUGCACCUCCGGACAGAGCAUCGGUUUGGCGUGUCCGAAAGCACCGAAGAGAAUUUAUCGAGACAGUGCCGUGACAAAAGAAGUAGGUCAACAAGAAAGGCAAAGUGAGGUGUGUGCGUGUGUGUGUGUCAUGCGUCUGUCUGCGACUGUAGUGGCGUAUUCGGCUGUGUGGUGUGCCCUGUUCGCAUGGCGGUGUGUGGUGCUGUGGCUGCUCAAAGUCCACACACACAGACUGCAGGUGAGGUACGGUGCGGUGCAGAUGUGCGGAUGUGGGAGGGGGAGUCGAGUCGAGUCGUACACACAUUCACAUGUCGACGUGUGUGCUCGGUGUGGUGUGGUGUGGCGUCAGUGUGAUGUGCUGAGUGCGCGUCGAGCCAAGAUGAGGAGCGAGGCUUCGAAGCUGUACAUUCAAAACUACCACCACACAUACCAGGCCGCCGACACCACACAACCACCACCAGCACCAGCACCAUCAGCCGAGAGAUAGGAGUCAGUCGUACACACAAAGUCGUCACACUUGUCAAGCUACACUCAGGUCAGCCCCAGGAUGCGUGUGCGUG